AUGGUAACGAGAACUGUGACAGUAACAAAAUCAGAAAAUAAGUUAAUUCCAAAGAGUUUUCCGUUUGGGGCAUCAACAUCCGCUUAUCAAAUAGAAGGAGCGUGGAUUGAGGAUGGAAAAGGUGAAAGUAUAUGGGACUACUAUUUUCACAAUGGAAAAGGUAGUUCUUCUCUUACAAACGGCGAUAUUGCUUGCGACUCUUAUCAUAAAUAUAAAGAAGAUAUUCAUUUAGCUGCGAAUCUUGGACUUACGAUGUUCAGAUUUUCCAUUUCGUGGCCAAGAAUUUUACCAAAUGGCAAUCCUAAAGAAAUCAAUCAGAAAGGUAUUGAUCAUUAUCGGAGCGUUAUAGAAGAAAUGCUGAAAUACAACUUAACUCCAGUUGCAACUCUGUACCACUGGGAUUUACCACAACAUCUUUUCGAAAAGGGUUAUCAUUGGACUAACCCGGAAGUAGUUCCUUAUUUUGUUGACUAUGCUCGAAUUGUUAUUAAAAGUUUACCAAAAGUUGGAAUUUGGAUUACAUUAAAUGAACCCAGACUUUUAUGUCGCUUAGGAUAUGGCGUUGGGGUUAACGCGCCCAGUAUAAGCAGAGAUGGAAUAGAUGAUUACUUAUGUGCAUAUACAACAAUUAAAGCACACGCUGCUGUUUAUCACAUGUACAAGGCAGAGUUUCCAAAUUAUACAGAGGCUAAGAUAUAUUUAAUAGCAUUCAUUUAA